AUGGGCAGGAUCUGCAGCGCUGGCGGGCGAUGCCGGCGUCCGCGGCCCCGCGGUCUGGCUGGCUCCCCGGCGCCGGUGUCUCACUGCCUUUCUGCCUUGCCCUUUGCAGAGGAGGAACAGGGAGCAGCGCCGGGCAGGGACCCUGGCAGCACAUCGGCAGAGAGCCCGGGCGCACGGCGAGACCCCAGCCAGCCCAUGGAGCCGGAUGGAGCCGCCGGCACGCAGACGCUCUCCGUGGCCCCGCAGGCGGGCGCAGAGGGACCCACCGGCACCCCGUCCCUGGUGGGGGCUGCGGCAGGUGACACGGAGCCUCCCGAGGGGUUUCCCCGGCCACCCAGCCCCGCCGCCCCCACGCGCCACCCCGAUCGCCCACGGGAUGCCAUGGGGCGGCCAGCCCACACUGCCAGCCCUGGGGCACCAGGGCACCGGGUGACAUCGCCGACCGGUGCCGCUUCUGCCGCCUCGACAGAUAGCCGAGAGCCUGGUGGGACCCCCCGACGCGGUCACGAGUCCGGCGGGGCGAGUAGCCCCGUCCCCGCCACCGAAGAUGCCGAGCUCUCGGGAGACGUGGUCGAAAGCCCUGGGGUGUCCCCGCUGCCCCCCGCACCCUCACAGCCGCAGGAGGAGGGAGAGGAGCAGUCGGGGGCCCUGUGGCUCCCCUCGCCCACGACCCUGGGGGACGGGAGCACCGUCCCCACGGCGGAGGCGACGGCGGUCACACCGUGGCACGCGGAGGUGCCCGGCAGCAGCAGCGCGCCAGCCACGGGAGGCGAGGAGGCUGUGCCGCCACCCCCGGGCACUGACCGCGGGAUGCCUGCCGCAUCUUUGGAAGAGGAGGAAGAGGAGGAGGAGGAAGAGGAGGAAGAGCAACCCGCUCCCUCCAUUGCAACCGUGGAGGGUUUCCUUGCAGCCGUUCCCGGAGAACCAGGUGGCUGCAUCCCCAACCCCUGCCUGAACGGAGGGACCUGCACGGAGGACGGCGCCCGCCUCGCCUGCCUGUGCCUGCCCGGCUACGGAGGCAGCAGCUGUGAAAGACCGCUGGAGAAGUGCAGCCCCGGCUGGGACAGCUUCCAGGGAGCCUGCUACAAGCAUUUCUCCACUCGGAGGAGCUGGGAGGACGCGGAGACCCAGUGCAGGCAUUACGGGGGACACCUGGCCACCAUCCUGACCCCCGAAGAGCAGGACUUCAUCAAUGACCAGUACAGGGAGUACCAGUGGAUCGGCCUGAAUGACCGGACCAUCGAGGGGGAUUUCCAGUGGUCCGACGGGAGCCCCUUGCUCUACGAGAACUGGCACCCCGGGCAGCCCGACAGCUACUUUCUCUCUGGGGAGAACUGCGUGGUCAUCGUGUGGCACGACGGGGGCCAGUGGAGCGACGUGCCCUGCAACUACCACCUCUCCUACACCUGCAAAAUGGGGCUGGUGCAGUGUGGGCCGCCCCCCGCCGUCAGCAACGCCCGCGCCUUCGGCAAACCAAAGCAGCGCUACGAGAUCGGCUCUAUUGCACGGUACCAGUGCCGCCACGGCUUCAUCCAGCGCCGCUCGCCCAUCAUUCGGUGCCGGGAGGAUGGGAUGUGGGAGCCACCCCAGCUGGUCUGCCGCCCCGGCCUUGCUCAGCCCCCCGAUGACUGAGCGAGUCCCCAGGGCAGAAGCCACCACCUCCCCGGACCCUGGAGCCGGCGCGGAUGGGGACGGCACCGGGACGCCAGCGCGGACCCCGGCGUGGCACGAAACCUCACUGUUGGGUGUCUGCCUCCUUGUUUGUUUUAUAUCUGUACAAAGAAAUCCUAAUAACUAAAGAUCCCCUCGAAAGGAACCGACAGCGACCCAAAACGUAGCACAAGGGGUGUUUUGUUCCUGGAGUCACAACAGAGUCGA